GACAAUAACGAAGAAGAAGAAGAAUCAAGAAAGCAAUCACAUUGGUAGUUGUUUUCAUAACCAAAUUAUUAAAUUUAUGAAUAUAAUAGUACAAAAUUUAGCAAAAUGUUGAAGGGCAUGGUGAGUUUGGUUACCGGUGGAGCCUCAGGUCUUGGUAAAGCGACUGUGGAGAGACUGGUAAAGAAUGGUGGGAAGGUAGUCAUCCUUGAUAUUCAAGGUACAAGAGCCAAAGAGGUAGCGAAAGGUCUAGGGAGUGACGUAAUGGUGUCAGUUGGAUCUGUUACAUCUGAAGACGAUAUAAAGAAAACAUUAGAACUCACAAAGUCAAAGUUUGGUAAACUGGAUGCUUUAGUUAAUUGUGCAGGAUAUGCUCAGACUUACCAGGUUUACAAUUUCAAGAAGGACAAAGAAUGCACUGCAGAAGACUUUCAAAAAUGUCUAGAGAUUAACACAUUUGGCACAUUCAAUGUAAUAAGGCUAGCCUGUGGUUUAAUAGGCAAGAAUACUCCAAACGAUGACGGUCAGAGAGGCGUGAUAAUAAAUACAGCAUCCACAAUAGCUUUCGAAGGUGAUAUCGGACAAGCGGCCAUUGCUGCGUCGUCCGCUGGUAUUGUAGGCAUGACGUUGCCACUGUCGAGAGAUUUAGCACCACAAGGCAUCAGAGUGAUUACAUUAGCACCAGGUAUAUUUGAAACACCUCUAGUUACGUAUUUACCAGACAAAAUGAUAGACUUUAUAAAACGCAUGACACCAUUUCCGAGCAGGCUGGGCAAACCUGAAGAAUAUGCACAGCUCGUGACCAGCGUUAUAGAGAACCCCAUGCUUAAUGGUACGGUUAUAAGAAUAGACGGUGCACAGAGAUGGUUCCCAUUAUAGAAUUACUAGGCUUUAAUUAUGUUAAGUUAUUAAGACUGUAUAAAAUCAAAUAGAUAAUUUAGAUUGUU